AUGCGGUUGCUAAUCACGGGGGCAGCCUCUGCCAGGCCCGUCCUCCACCCUAGUUGGGACUUUUGCGCUAAACAUGGAAUUCGGAGGAGCCUUGCACAUUUUUCGUCAGCGCCUGGUUUCCGGGUGGACGAUUUCAGCAGAAGACGAAACCGCGAUAUGCGCGCUAGAAACCUGCCAUUAUUCUAUAGCCGGGAAGCGACCUACCGUACAAUUUCCGGUCAAAAAACGACGUCCACAGACACCGUGAGCCCGGUUUCUGAGCCACCUACCAUCAAAUAUGCUCCUCCAACUCGCGGACUAAUCGCCUCUCUUCCCGCUGCGUGGGUACCUUAUGCGGAAUUGAUACGGCUUGACAAGCCCACUGGCACAUAUUACCUUUUCUUCCCGUGCAUUUUCUCGACACUUCUUGCGGCACCACUUACCGUUCCGAUGGCGACCCCAAUGGAAGUGGCUUGGUACUCAGGUUUAUUUUUCCUUGGAGCCUUGAUUAUGAGGGGAGCCGGAUGUGCUAUCAAUGAUUUAUGGGACCGCAAUCUCGAUCCGCAUGUGGAAAGAACAAAAUUCCGGCCAAUUGCGAGAAAAGCAAUCACACCUCAGAACGCGAUCAUAUUUACAGGGACCCAGUUACUCGCCGGUUUAGGAGUUUUACUGCAAUUCCCGGCGCAUUGCUUUUGGUAUGCAACUCCUAGUCUACUCCUAGUUGCAACGUAUCCGCUUGCCAAACGAGUCACGAACUAUCCCCAGGCGGUACUAGGACUGACAUUCUCCUGGGGGGCAAUAAUGGGGUUUCCCACUCUGGGCGUUGACCUUCUAACAAAUGAGAGUGCCGCCUUAGCCGCUGCUGCUCUUUAUUCGAGUUGUAUUGCCUGGACCAUAUUGUAUGACACAAUAUAUGCGCACAUGGAUGUAAAGGACGACGCCGCUGCUGGUAUUAAAUCAAUUGCACUAAAACACCAAGCAGAUACAAAGACGAUCCUUACAGGUUUGGCAGCUGCCCAGGUUGGAUUGCUAGCCGCUGCUGGCAUCGCCGCUGGUUCGGGUCCUGUUUUCUUUGUGGGGAGUUGCGGGAGCGCAAUUCUAACUCUGGGGACCAUGAUCUGGCGCGUCAAAUUGGAUGACGUUAAGCAUUGCUGGUGGUGGUUUAGAUAUGGCUGUUGGUUCACAGGAGCCGGUAUAGCCACGGGCUUACUCGGAGAAUAUCUGGCCCAAAGGUUCGGCAUUUAUAAAACGGCCGACGACAGUUCGGCAGAUAAUAUUACGAAAAAAUCGAGAGAAUAG